AUGCAGUGUCGUAAAGUCGAAUCAAAUGUGAUAAUGAAUUCGGCGAGAUUAGUUCAACGUCCUACAGAGACCAAUAAACUAGAAGAAGAGAUAGUUCAUGUAAUAAAGAGUCCAGAAAAAAAGAGUCCCCAUAAUGGUAAAUCACUCAAACGUACAUCUUCUGGUCCAAUAAUAAAUUUGCAACAAUAAAUAAUAAUCCAUUAGAAUGCACCUACUAAAGACUCAUAAGUUUUAUUGAAAUUCAAGAAUUAAAUGAAGAAGAAGAAAAAGAAGAAGAAGCUUUAAAAAAAAAAGAAAAUAUAAAUAAUAGAUAAGUAUGAAUCAGAAUUUAGAGUAGAGUAGCUGUUGAAAUAAAACUUAAGAAAACAUUAAAGUAUAUUAUAUAAUUUACUCAUAGAGGAAAAAUAAGAACAAUUAAUUAAAGAAGAAAUAUAAAAAUAAAGAGUAGUUAGUUUUAAUGAGAUGAGAAAAAUAAUGGAUUAGCAAAUAAGAUAUAUAAAUUAAUAAAGAUUUGUUAGAGUAAAUUUUAAAUUGUAUUUAUAUAAAGUCAAAAUCUCCACCAUCAUCUAUGUUACCUUGGGGUGUUGAUUAGAAUAAACUAAAAUAAUAUUGGACAAAAAUGUUGGAAAUCCAUGAUAAAUUAGAAAAACCAUAAUAAGUUAAUCAAACAGCUACAGAACAUGCAAUAAAAGAAAAAAUUAGAAGACAUAAAUUAGGANACAUAUUAAUGUUUUGUCAGCAGUAAGAAUUAUUAGAAGAAAAUAUAUUUUAAUUAGAAUAACGAUUAUAAAGCAUAAAAGCUAUAAUGAGACUAAUAUUAUACUGUUUCUGA